UCGAGAUUCCAACCUUCAAAGCUUCAACUUCAGCGAGCCUUCAACCGAUUCCUAACCUUUCCUUUGCGACCAUCCAUAGAUAUGUCCGGAAAGACAGCAUUGGUGACUGGAGCUACCGGCUUACUUGGUAGGGAGGUCGUUAGAGCAUUCGAAAGAGCCGACUGGACUGUAAAAGGGACAGGUUAUUCUCGCGCCGAUGGCGUCUCAAUCCUUAAAGUCGACUUGGUAAAUACAAACGAAGUUACUGCUGCUUUGGAUAGCGUCAAACCGCAAGCUGUAGUUCACUGCGCCGCCAAUCGAUUCCCCGACAAAUGUGACAAGGACCCUGAAGGGACGCGUGCUAUCAACGUGGAGGCUACUAGGAGCCUUGCUUCACUAUGCGCGAGUCGUGAUAUCUUCCUGAUCUAUAUAUCUACCGAUUAUGUCUUUCCAGGCAAACCAGGAGAUGCGCCCUACGAAGCCGACGCGAUGCCGCAGCCCACGAACCUGUAUGGGCAAACAAAGCUCGAUGGAGAACGAGUUGUCACAGAAGAGUACCAAAGUGCCGGCAAAGCAGGACUAGGAGUGGUCCUACGAGUUCCCGUACUAUACGGCGAUGCUGAAUUACCAACUGAGAGUGCGGUAAACAUGCUUUUGGACACCGUGUGGAAAGCACAGGAACCAGGCACAAAGAUUAAGAUGGACCAUUGGGCUCUCCGUUACCCUACCAAUACUGAGGAUGUAGGACGCGUGUGCCAUGAUAUAUCUGUCAAAUAUCUGGCCUCUGAUGAUAGAUCGAAACUGCCCAAUAUCUUACAAUUCUCUUCGGAGGAUAAAUAUACCAAAUAUGAGAUCUGCAAGCUCUUUGGCGAAAUAAUGGGAUUGUCUAUUGCGGCCAUCGAGCCUAAUACCGAAGGGAACGACCCCAACGCGUCAGUCCAAAGACCGUAUGACUGCCAUCUCAGCACUAAGAGGCUCAAGGAUCUCGGCAUAGAUGUGUCUACUCAAGAUUUCACGGGUUGGUGGAGGUGGAAUGUUAGGGCGUUCAGAAAAUAAGGGUCUAAGACAUCGGCUCACUGUCGCAUAAUGUCUGUAAGGGACUCAAACAUCCAAUGCCUCCCGCGGUCUGGCCAAAGCCAUAAUUGUCUUCAUUUUAUUCAGGCGUGUGAUAGGGUCAUAAGAUUAUGUUUGCUGAGAUUCAACCUUUUAAUAUAAUAGGCUAUUUCAAGCUACUUGGAAAUGAAUGAGAUGAAGCCGGCUAGCAAUGGAGAUGAGCAUGAUGAGCGUGACCGAGAAAAGCCGGCGAGUGACAGCCACAAGCUUACGAAUCUUAGAAGCAAUUAAUUCUAAAAUUCCUUGAUACAUCUUGAGCCAAAUCUUGAUUCAUUGAUAGAUGGUAUAUAAGUUGUCUUUGGGAAAUUCCAUCAGAAUAGAACCUCGUGUUUC